AUGCCAACUGCACAUGGGCUUGACUUCGCUGCGGACUUUGCAAACUCUGCGUCGCCAACCACGGCAAGUUUCCUACCCGCGGCCAUAAUCAUUCCUCACUCUUCAGCCAUAGACCUGCCCGACGAGCUGGUCCAAAACGACUUUUCAACUGGAUCUGUAAUGACUCUGAUGUCAGUGCCCUCGCUAAUUGGCGCGGCCAACCCGAGUCAAGGUGCAGUCACCACCAGUCAGGCGCCAUUCACCGGUGGCUCGAAUGGAUUGCUGUUGGAUUCGGGCUCCCCAUCGGCAACCGGGCAUGUCACGAACUCAACAAACCAGACAGCUACCCUCACCAUUUCUAAUUUGCCCACGUCCACGGCGGUGAACCAGACGACGUCCUCCUCGACGUUCCUACCAAAAAACGGCGCCAAUCAGCCCGCUUCUUUCGCAGGGGUCGCAAUGGUUGCUGCAGUGUUGGCUCUUAUUUAA